AGACCAAUCAAAACACAGUAAUCAGCAAAAUUGCCUUGCGCCCAAGAUGGCGUCUGCGGAGGACGAUAGCGAGGAAAACAAUGAGAAAAUGGAAUCUUUAUUCUCAACUGAAAAAGAUAAGAUUCUUUUGCCCAUUUAUCAGUCUCUGGAGGCGGCGGUGACGGACCAUGAGCGCUCCUACCCGGACCGCGUGUCGGCGCUACUCUCCGCCUGGGAGAAGCUGGCGGCCAUGACGGCGCGCGCCUCGCCUGACGCUGUGCUCAGUCUGGCUCAGCACAUCUACAGACGGACUCUGGAGCUGCUGCUGCGCGGUGACUGGCCGCGCCUCUCGCCCGUGGUGAAGACCCACCUGACGGUGACGGUGCAGCGGUGUGGCGCGCUGGUGCGCGGCCGGGCCACCGCCGCUCUCUGCCACCGGCUGGUGGCCCUGGUGCGCGACCCGUGGGGCGAGCUGACGCUGCGCUGCCUGCUGGAGCGCCGGCCGGUGGACGAGUCGGCGCUGCUGGAGUUCUGCUGCCGCGAGGCGGCGCCGCUGCUGACACUGCGCCUGCAGACGCUCUGCGAGUCGCGCUGCGAGGACCUGGCGCUGGCCGUCGUCCAGCAGUGCGUCAGGUGUCAGCAGCUGGCCGACCCGGCCUUCAGGGACCAGUGCUCAGCGGCGCAGCGGCACCACUUCUUUGAUCUCUGUGUGGCGCUCCUGUUCAAGUACAAACAAAAGGAUGAUAUCAUCGCGAUGCUGCCGGCGACGGUGGACGGCUCGGGCGUGGCGCUGGUACGCCGGUUCGCGGCGCGGCGCGACUCGCGGGACCGCGUCUGGCGCGUCAGCCGGAAGGUGGCGCUGUUCGUCAGUCAGGUGCUGCUGGCCCAGUCGCUGACACAGCCGGCCCCCGGCCACGUCAGGGAACUGGCGGUGGAGUGGGCGCAGCUGCUGCGACUGGAGACCGCCCUCGAGCCGGCAGACAUCGAGGAGGCCGUCCACAAGCUCAGCGGCCGCUCCGAGUCGGCGGCGCACGUCAGCGCCCUGGAGAGCGCCGUCACCCACGUGUUCGGCGCCCAGAUGCGACCGCUGGCCAUCGAGCUCUGUGUUCGCGCGCUCAUACUCGAAACCAACCGGAUGGAGCACCUCAAACUGCUGCACGACGCGGGCGACGCGGCCGCACCGACGGCGGCCCCCACCGACGACCAGACGGCCUGCCGACGCGGCCUGGCCGCCGGCUUCCAGCGGCUGGCUGAGCUGACCGCCGACAACCCGCACGUCAGCCGAGAGUGCGUGCUGACCGCGUUCUCGCUGGAGCCGAGUGCUGCCACGCUGAGGCUGUUGGUGCGUCUGGCGCAGACGGCGGGCUCGGGGGCGGUCGCGGAGUCGGCGGACGCUGGGAAUGGGGCAGAGAUGGCGGAUUCCGCGCCACCGGCGGAGUCGGGUGUGGAGAGGAAGGUCUCUGAGGAGACGAUCGGACAGGACGGGCCGACUGCCGCGCCCAGUGAUGGUGACAGUGUACAAAAGGACGAGCCGGCGCCGCGGGCCGACAGCAUAGUGGACGAACUCGCCACCCGCUUUGCUGCGCUGGACAAUGAGCGGGUCGAGUCGGGGCCGGCGAGAAGCGAGAGCUCAGCCGCUCCGGAACGGGGUGGGGACGCGGGGGCAAUGGAACAGUGCGCAGACUCAGUGAGCGCGGAGGAUGGAACAGUGAGUGAGGGAAACAGUGCAGCAGAUAAACCCGAGGACAGUGCGGUAGUAAAAUCUGAGGACAGUGCAGCAGUGAAAGCCGAGGGCGGUGACGAUCCAGCGCCGGCGGGCGGUGACGGCCGGCGCCGCUGCUGCUCAGCGACGGCCGAGGACGGCCGCGCAGAGGGCGGCGGGUCGCCGUGCGAGGCGUGCGCGGCGGCCGGCUCGGGGCGGCACCGUUCUCUCUCCGAGUCGGACCCGACGUUCGUGGCCUGCGCCGACGGUCUGAUGGACCAGCUGCGCUCGGCCGCCGCGCCGCCGUCCCGGUCACCGUCUCCGGACAGCGACCGGCGGCUGAUGGAGGCGCUGCUGAAGGCCCAGCACGCCUCCGACGAGAGCUACGACGUGCUGCGCGGCUGCGGCGCGGCGCUGGACGCGCUCGGCGUGUCGGAGCAGCUGGCCGCCGACCUGCUGGUUGUGCUCAGCUCCAACCGCUGGAAGAUGCUGUCCUGGAGCCGCGACUGGUCCGAGCUGUACCCUGUGUGCCGCGCCUACCUGCGAGACCCCGACGGCCUGGUCAACACCACCAAGGAGCUCAAAUUUCUGGAGAUCGACUACAGUCAGUUCAUGGGCAAACGGGACGAGGAGCCAGAUGAGUUUGACGGCAUUGAGAAGGGCUACGAACGCUACCUGCACGGCUCAGACCGCGAGACGGAUACCGAGCACAAGUCUUCCUCCGGCGCGACUGCUAAGACAAAAAAGAAGCAUUCCAAUAAGGCGAAGAGUGAACCUUCGACACAGGAGCGGAAGGGUGAUUUGUCCGCAUCGGACGAGAAUAGCAUAUCGGAACCUCUUGCUAAGGAUGACUCGCUUGAACCGAAUGUGAAGAAGCUCUCCAAAAAGAAGCCGGGCAGAAAACCCGGUCCAAAGAGAGAGGAACCCACACUGCCAAAGUUUGUGAAGACUACAAAGACUGCCACUCAGAAAGUAAAGAAGUGCCGGCCGCUGGCGAUGGAGGGUAAGCGGGUUACGAUUCAGCGCGAGCCCGGGAAGCGGGGCCGCGGCCGGCCGCGGAAGACGCCACCGACCGUGUGUCCGGCGCCGGCCGCCUGGAACGAGAAGCUGGCCAUGCUGCGACGGUACAUGGAGGAGCGUCAGCUGCAGCAGCUGAGCCAGCAGGGGACGCCCCCGCAGACACCGCCGCCGCCGCCGCCGGCAGCGCGCCGCCCCGACGGCUCGCCGUCCGACGCCACCAAACUGCUGCGCCAGUUCCGGCCCGACAAGCAGCUGUCGCCGGCGCGCUCCCCGGAGCGGCGUCCGGCCGCGCUCGGCACCGCCACCAACUUCUACCCGCGCGUCCAGCUGCAGGCCAAGCUGAGCUGGCAGCCGGAGCCGGCGCGGCCGCCGUCCGAUCCGCCGCCGCCGCCGCCGGCCGACCGGCAGACGGACGACAACCCAGACAGUCUGCUGAAGGCCUCCAUCAGACGCCGGCUGAAACGGAGCAUAGUGGCGCAGAUGCGACAUAGGCUCUCAGAGACACUGCGGGACAGGAUGAGUUCGAGCUCGUCCGAGUCCUCGCGGCCCCCUUCGGUAUGCGCUGACGAGAACCGGCGCAAUUCAGCCAACGUGGCGGCCGCGCCCGCACAACUAAAGAACGUGCGCAUCCGCAAAAAGUUGCUGAAGAAGCACUCGUCACUGCGUAGCGUUCGCAUCAACCGGCCGAAGCCGAGUCUGUGGAACACGCCGCUGCUGAUCGAGCCUGGGGAGAAGCAGGAGGAGCCCGAGUUUGACUUCAGCCUGGUGUCCAAGCUGCCGGACGUGGUGCCGCCCCAGGAGACGCUGGUCUACCCGGUACACUCGACUCCCUCCUCCACCAGCGGAACUCCGCAGACCCCCUCCCAGCAGCCGCAGCCGCCGCGCCGGCCCAGGAACAGCCGGAAUAACUCGGGCGGCGGCGGGGGCAGCGGGAGUGGCGCCGUGUCCGCGCGGAACCGGGCGCCCUCCGGCGGCAGUCGCUCCAAGAAGGCGCGCACGGACGCGGCGGCCGAGCAGCUGUCCUCGUCGGGCGGCGGCGGCGGCGGUGACCUGUCGCAGCCGGGUCCGAGCGGCAGCGGCGGCGGCUCGUCGGAGGCGCCGGCGCCGCCGUCGGGCGGCCGGCCGGCGGCGCGCACCAUCUCCUUCCAGGAGGUGCUGCGGAAGGUGGAGGAGGCGGGCGAGCGGAGCUCCGGACAGUCGGCCGGCCUCAGUCGGCUGCUGCAGACGCCUCUGGACGGCGCCAGCGGAGAGCAGGAGACCAUCACCCUGUACCGCUCGCAGGACACCUCCGUAUCGCAGACUUUCAUCCCCUCCAGCAGCCUGACGCCUACUCUGGUCGCCACCAGUUCGGGCGGCAGCGGCGGGCAGACGCGCGCCACGCCGGCGCGCGCGCCGACUGUGGUGCGCCACCCGCAGGUGCCCGAGGUCAAACAGGUGGUGAUUCCCCCGGCGCUGCAGCAGCAGGCCGCCCGGCUCCAGCAGCAGCAGCAGGCGGCCGCCGCCAGUCAGCAGGCCAGCCAGCUGUCGAGGCUGCUGAACCAGCGGCUGGAGUCUCCGCCUCCGGUGUCGUCCGCUCAGGACGCGUUCUCGCUGCUACUGGCCAGCUCUCGGCCGCAGCAGCCGCCGGCCGUCAGCUCGUCACAGCUCUCAGAGAUCCUGUCCCGGCCGCUGGACACGUCUGUGCCGCGUCAGGUGAAGACUCGGGAGCUGGCGAGCCUGCUGACGUCCCCAUCUACCUCGGCAGCGGGCUCCAGCGCCCAGCAGCAGCAGCAGCAGCAGCAGCCGGCGUCUGAGACGGCCACCAGCAGUACAGUGAAGACUGAGACCACUCCCACCGACGAGGGCCUGGUGGGGCGGAUCGCCGACUACCUGAUGCGGCCGUCACCUCAGCCCCCGGAGCCGCCGGCCACCCCGACUCCUACAACCCCCACUCCGGCUCCGACUGCGGCCCAGGCGGCGGCACCGGCCGCGUCCGCGCCCUCCGCGCCGGCGGCCACUGUGGUGUCGGCGACCAGCGCUCUGCCGGGCAUCUCCAGCCUACUGAAGGUGUCCGGAUCGCCGGUGUCCGGGGCGCCGCAGCGCGCCGUGGCUGCCACCGCGGCGGCUGGCUCGGCCGGGCCGCCGGCCAUGCAGACCGGGCAGGUUCUGGUGCUGAACAAUCAACAGAAACUGCCGCAGAGCAUCCUACUGCACGGCCAGCAGUACACGCUGGUCAAAAAGGAUUCUCAGGUUAUCUACGUGCCGACGGCCCGACUGAUCCAGGCGCAGCAGCAGCAGUCCGCCGCCAAGCAGCGUCAGCGACAGCAGCAAGAGCAGCAGAGACAACAGCAGCAGCAGGAGCAGCAGGCGGCGGCGGCGGCGGCCGCUGCGCCCCCUCAGCAGCCCUCGCGGUCGGUGGUGGCCCAGCCGUCCGGCCGGAACACCAUCCAGUACAUGCCGUCAGCGGCGGCGGUGGCGGCGGCGCCGGCCGGCGCCUCCAGCCCGUCCGUCUCCUCCACCACGCUGGAGCAGUUGCGCGAGUUCGAGAGCGUCCUGGAGGCGGUGUCGACCCGCGCGGAGGCCACCGGCUCCGGCCACGAGGCCGCCCUGGAGCUGGAGACGCUCGUCGCCUCGGACCUGCUGGGCAUCACACCCGAGUCGUCGCCGGCGCCGGCCUCCUCGUCUGGCGGCUCUCAGUUCGUGUACCCGCCGGCGGUGCCCGAGCCCGGGCCGCCCGACGACGAGAGCAGCCGCGGCAGCAGCAGCUCCAGCUACCUGGUGGGCCAGCCGGCGGCCGCCGCCGCCCCCCUGGUGACGCCCUCCUACACCCCGGACGCGUCGCCGUCACUGCCGUCCGUGGCGUCUACCUCCUCAGGAGUCAGCGGGUCGCCACUGGUCAGUAAACCCAAGCCAAAGCCGCUGCCGCAGAAGCUGAAGACGGCCGUGACGGCGCAGAAGCCCAAGCCGCUGGUGACUCCGACCCUGGUGAAGCCGUCGCCGGUGAAACAGGAGUUAGAGGAUGACCAGACGCGCCAGCGGAUCGCGGCUAUUCUGCAGCAGUACCAACAGGAUCUGGCCUGUAAUCCAACCCCCACCCCGGCUCCGCGUAAUCGCAAAAACCCACCCGUGUACACGUCACGGGGCGGAGGCGAGGGAACCAGCAAGAGCAAGAAGAAGUCACCCAACAAGAAGGUGGAGACGGUGGUGGGCAGCAGCUCAUCCUCGCUUACCGUCGAGGACGACCCGCCGGCGAAGGCUUCCACCAGCCCGAAACCGAGUAGUUCCCAGACGGCUGACGAGUUCGCUGACCAGAACAGUACCGAGACGGGUUUGCUGGCAGAUGUGAGCGCCAGCGCGGCGGCGUCAGCGGCGGCGGCCGUCACCGAGUCUCCGGUGGCCGCUCCGCCGACUCCGCAGCCGGCGGCGUCCCCGCUGGUCUCCCUGCCGCAGAACUACCGUACCGUGCGCGUGGUGCGUCUGGUGACAUCCGCCGGCCACCCGCACCUCCUACAGACGCUGUCGGCCCGGCCCGGCCAGCAGCCGCUCAUCGGGCAGCCGCCGGCCGCGCUGCUGCCGCCCUUCCACACGCUGUCAGCGGCCGAGACGGCCACGGGCGCGGCGGCGGCUGGCCUGACCGGCUGGCAGACCAUCUCGGCGCCGCACACGGCCGUGGUGACGGCGGCGGUGGCGGCGGCGGCAGCGCAGAGCCAGCAGACGGCCGCCGUCAAACAGGAGACCCAGGAGUCGGCGGGCACCCCGCAGCAGCAGCAGCAGCCGGUGCAGCAGGUGCAGCUGCAGAUCCAGCAGCCGCUGGCCGUCCAGCCGUCCCCGCAGCAGGAGCAGCAGCUGUCCCAGCCCACCCACCAGGAGGAGGAGGAGAAGGAGCGUAAACUGACAGAGGACGAACAGCAGAUGCUGGUCAACGUCAAUGUCAAACUCUCCGACCGCGAGGAGGCGUCAGAAUCCCAACAGAGCGAAAACAGCAACGAAGACGUGCGCAUACCGCAGGCCUCGUUUUUCACGGAGCAGCUGCAGUCGUGCCUGUCAACUGGCGAGGAGCUGUCCCCUCAGCAGCAGCAGCAGCAACAGCAACAGGAGGAGCAGCAAGACGACGAGCAGCAGCCGCAGGACGAGGACGAUCCGGGCGAGGCGGGCACCAACGGCGACGACCGGCUGCUCGACUGCUGCCGGCCGUCGCACGACCCGGACGGCGGCGGCUCGGCGGGUUCGGAGGGCUCCGGGCCGCCCACCCCGCUGCUCAGCCAGUCCUCUGUGCACGUCAUCACGGGUGUUCUGUCGUCGGGCGGCGGCGGUGCGGCGGCCGAGCUGCGCGCCUACCCGCCGCUGCCGCAGGGCCCGGCCGCCACCAGCGAGACGCUGGACGACGCGCCGCCCGGCAGCCUGGUGUACGGCGCCGCGCCGCCGCCGGACGCCGACGGCUUCUGGGCCGAGCUGGAGGAGGAGCCCGAGCUGCCCGAGCUGCCGCUGGAGUCGCGCGCCGCCGGCGGGGGCGCCGAGCUGGCCGUGGAGACCGCCUGGAGGCCUGGACCGCUGGGAGCCUCAUCAAAGAGACUGCUGGCCAGCGGCCCGCUGAGAACCAUCAGUAACCGCCAGCAGCUGCUCACCACCAAACUGGGCGCCGUGCUGAACGUGGCCGCGCCGCCGCGGAAACAGGCGCCGCGCCGCGUGCGCCGCCGGCCGGCCGAGCGGGCCAAGGCCGCCAAACAGACGAGCAUGACGGCCAUCCGCGAGCGGACGCCGUCCGGCCCCGGCUCCGGUCACGAGAGUGAGACGGAGAACGUGGAGCGCCGGACGGAGGCGGCCGCCGGAGAUGGGCUGCUACUGCAGGCGGCCGUUGAGCUGGAUCCACUGGCUAUUACAGUCGCGCCACUGCCGGCAGCCAGACUGCCGUCUCCAGCCGCCGAGCGGCAGCUGAAUACCUACGCCAAGAAGGACAAGAAGAAACUCAAACAGGUCACCAAAGUGGAAGCCAAGGAGAGUGCUCCUCCAAAGUCUAGCAAGGGCGCCCCGGCGGCAGCGGCUGCCAUGGCUGCGGUGGCCCCCGCCGCGCGGCCACCCUCGGGAGCCACCGGAGCCGCCCAGCCGCCGGCCACGGGAGCCGAGACCAAGGCGAGCGUGCCGGUGGUCACCGCAGUGAAGCUGAACAUGCCGUGGACGCCGCCCGGCUCUCCGGGCCGCCUGGUGACCGACCUGGCGUCGCUGACCAACCCGGACUCGCCCCGUGUCUUCCUGAGCCGUCUGCGAGAUGACGUGAUCACGCCGCCGCCGCCGACGUCGCCCGCGGCGCGCCGGCUCGGCUGGAGCCCCUCUCGGCCGGCGGCCGAGCCCGUCUCGCCGGCGGAGUCGCCGCGCGUCUUCCUGAGUCGCCUGCGCGCCGAGGACGCGGCGGCGCCGGCCAGUCCCGGCGGCAGGCCGACCGCCGGCCGGGGGGAGGCCGCCUCGCCGCCCUCUCCCGCGCGCGCCAAGUCGAGCCAGGCCUCUCAGCCCGUUCGGGCCGGCCCGUGGCAGUUGGCCGUCGGUGGCGGGCUGGGCCUCACCUCAGAGACGGCUGUGGGCGGACCCGAGUCGCCGCCCGGCCGGCGGGCGUCCCAGAGACUCUCCGCCGAGCACGACACAGAGGACGGAGAGAAGCCGCGCGAGAGACGCGCGUCACAACGCUUACCUACUUCAACUGAGACGAUAACAGCCGAGGACGCGGAGCAGCCGCAGGAGAAGCGGAUGUCUCGGCGGACCGCGACCGAGCCGAGCGCCGCUGAGAGCGGAGACAAGCCCAGGGAGGGUCGGUCCUCCCGGCGGCCGUCCGGCUCGGCCGAGGGCGGCGCUCAGCGGGAGAAGCGCGCCUCUCAGCGUCGCUCCUCCGACCGCAGGGCGGAGACGUCCCCCGGCCGCCGGCCGAGUCAGCGCGCCAGAGAGGCCAGCGGGGACGGCCGGCCGGCGAGCGACGAGCCGACGGACAGCGACCGCGGCGGACUGACAGCCAUUGUAUCCCCGGUCGUAACGCGGCUGGUCGGGCGGCCCAGCAGUCGUGACGGACGGCGCCCGCCGGCGGCUGCCCCGGCCACCAGACGCGGUUCACAGCCCAGUGAGCCUGCCCCCGCGGCGGCGGCCGGCCGGGGCGGUAGCCAGCGGCGUCCGAGCGGUGGCCGGCCCAGCGCCGCGGCUCGCCUCUGUAACGGCCGUGAGUCUCCUGCGCUGCGGAGCGGCCGCUCGCUUACCCCAGUGCCGGCCGGGCGCGGCAGCAGGACGGCGGACAAAACGGCUGGCUCCAACAAACCAAACACUGCGGCAACUAACCCGGACAAGGAGCAGAAACGAGCUGGGAGCGUGGGACGGACGAGGAAACAGAUCAACGGCUUGGAAAAGACCCAGAAUGGUCCGCGCGAAUCUGAGAAGCUGAAGAAACCACAACUGACUGCGGAUAAACCUGGCAAGAAGUCUGAAAUACCUGACCACCAAGACAAGAUUCAACGGAGGUCCGAGAGACCCAAGAAACGGUUGGAAGGCCCUGACAAACUCGAUAAACGUCAGGAUGUUGUAGAUAAAGUUAAAAGUAGUCAAGUGAGCGUAGAAAAACCCGUUACGCGGCAUGACACCACCCUAGAUAAACCCGUUACGCGACGAGGGAGUGUAGAUAAACCUGUUGCACGACAAACGAGCGUAGACAGGUCGAGUUAUCGGCCGGACAAGCUGGACAUGCCUCAUAUACGAUCGGUCAGCUUAGGCAGGAGGACUGGAGGCACCGACAAGCAAUUGAAGCGGUCUUGGAGCUUGGAGAAACGUGACAACCGAUCAGGGAGCUUGGACAAGUCCAACAAGCGACCAAAGAGCCAGGAGAAGCCCGGCGGCCGGCUGGGGUCGCCGGCGGUGACCGGUCGGCGGACGGAGGGCGCUGGGUCGGAGCGGCCCGGCCGGCCGGGGGUCACCCGGCGGCCGGCCAGCCGCGCCUCCAGCGCCGCCACCCCGCCCCCGCCGGCAGCCGCGGCCGCCAAGGCGACCGGCGGACAACAGCGUGCCAACGGGACGAUGCGGCGAUGUGCCCGCCGCUCGCUAGUUUGA